UGGCUACACUACAUGAAUUUGGUAGAAUUGCUAUUGACGCAUGCGCACAUUUUAAUUGCGUAAAUGAAAUACGUCAUCGAUCGACUGACGAGCUCGUUUCUAACGGGGUGCGAAUCGUCCUUUCUUUUACCAGGCGUCGACGUUCCACCAUUUGUCCUGUCGAACUUAAUUUUAUUUUGUUAAUUCCAUACGUUAGUUUUUGUCAGACCACGUUUUUUUCCUGUAAGUACCAGGUACAUGGAUACAGUGAUUCUAAUUUGUAUUAAUUUAACUAUUUUUAUUCGUAUUUAAUUUAGUUUCAUUUAUUAUGUUUGCACAAGGUUUACGUGUUGUCAGAUCCGCCAUAUUGAAUCCCGUGUAUAUACGCUCGUCUCUAAAGACUCAGAAUUUACUAGUUGAAAAAAACUGCAUUAUGUAAGUAUAUUAUUUAUUUUCACGUUGGAAACUGUUUCUACAUACAUUUAAAAUUAUUUUGAUGAUCUAAAUGAGUAAGCAACAGUUUCCAGGGCUUAUAUUACUAUUAUUACAAAUAUGAAUUUUGGGUCAGAUGGAAACAAUGCGAUGUAGAGGUUAACUUGUUACCUAUAUUUAUUUUUUUUUUUUGACUAAACAUAGUUCUUUAAUUAAUAUAUUUCUUUUAUUCAAUUUUGUUUAAACAUUUUUCUCUACCUUUUUACUUAAUAAUCAAGUUGUUAAAUAACUAUAUGUAAAUUUUAACAUUUAAUACGUCUAACCUUUGAAAUGUAAAUUACUAUAGAUACAUUACCACGUUAAUUUAAUUUAACAGUUGCUGUACUAUUUAUUUUCUAUAGAUCAAUGUGUACAUAGGAUAUCGACUUUGAUUUUUUUUUAUUUUUAUUAAUUCAAUCAAGAGUACCAUUAAAAUUACAAUUUAAACAUUUUCUAAAAUGUACCUAAUAUUUAUCUUAAAGAACCAAACAUUGGUAUUCUACUGUUACUUUUUCUAGUACCCUGGGAUUUUAAAAGUGAGAUAGGUGUUAAACUUUCCUAAUACAUAUUAUAUUAUAAAAUAUAUAUUCUAUAUACCUAUAGGACAAAUAUUUUUGUAUACAAGAUAUAAGAUUUUUUUUCUAAAAAUAUUUUAGUAAUUUUAGUAUUUAAAUAAGUUUUUAUAAAUAAUAUUAUUUAAAUAUGUAGCUAACCAAUAAUACAAUUUUUACAUUUUUUUUUCGCUGUGUAUGUGCCUGACCAUAGUUGGAAAAGUAGAAUGUAGAGGGGGAAUGUAUUUAUUUAUAAGUGUAAAAUAUGAAGAAGAAAAACCAAUUAAAUUAAUAUACCUACGGAUAAAAUUAUAAUAAGAUUAUUGUUUUUUUUUCUAACUUAAGAAACAAUUAGUUACAAAAUCUUACAUUAUUAUUAUUUUUGUGGGUGAACUACUUUUGAGUUUCAAAUAUUACCUAUAUCAAAAAUGCCAUAUAAAUUUAUUUUAAAUCAAUGUUGGUAUUGAAAUUUUCGAUUUUAUGAGAUAUUGCCCUAUUUUUAAGUUCGGGUAGGGAGCAUCAUUUGUGCAGUAUUUUAACAAACUUAAAAAUGGAAUAUCUUGUUAACCGGUUGAUGAAAAUAGAAAAUAUUAACACCAACAUUGAUUUAAACUAAUACUGCCUACAUCUAUUUAUGGUAUUUUAAAUAUGGGCAGUACCAUUUCAAAAGUAGGUAGUUUUUUAGGUACCAUUAUAUAUAAGAGUAACAAAAACAAAAAGUAACUUAAUGUAAAAUUUUAGUUACAUGUUUAAAAAAAAACAUUAGCUGUAUACAAUGCAAUGUAUAGUAGUAUAGUAGUAUAGUAGUAUGGUUAAUAUAUUUUUAAUACAUUUAUAACACUGAUGCAUUACCUAUUUCAUCUUCGCGUUAGUAAGCAUAGAUUGAUGGAAUUUAACAGAUUAUAUAUUAUAUUAAAAUCCACAGGAAAUGUUGCUUGUAUAAUCACUGUAUAAUAGCAUAUACUACAUAUAUUCCUAAAUAUAAAUAUAAAUAUUGAUCAUUUGCACAGGUCUUACACGCGAAAUGGUGGAGGAGGAAGAAGUAAUGGCUCUUAUGGUGGUCAACGAUCAUCAUAUGGUGGAGGCGGCGGUGGUCGUGGUGGUGGCAUGGGUGGCGCUAAAAAAAAUCCUGGUGCCAAUUUACAACAGCCCAAUUGGGACCGUGUUCAACUUCGACCAUUUAAGAAGGAAUUUUAUGUUCCUCAUCCUACUAUUGAAAGAAGGUACACUAUUGUAUAAGAUACUCUUAUUGUUGAAUUAUUCAAUUGAUAUUUUAUUAAAUUAUUUGAAUUACUUGAUUUUUUUUUUUUUUUUAGGUCUUAUGAGGAAGUUGACAAAUACCGAACAAGUAAAGAUAUAACUGUAAUGAGUUCAGAUAGGAGUCCGGUUCCAUAUCCAAUUCAACAUUUUAAAGAAGCUAAUUUUCCAGACUAUGUUAUGACUGUUAUACGGUAAGAACUGAACAAUUGCAUAAUUAAUAUCAAUGUAUCUAUUAAUUUAUAUUUAUUUAAUUAUAGUAAUGAAGGGUUCACUGAACCAACUCCAAUUCAAGCACAAGGUUGGCCUAUUGCAAUGAGUGGUAAAGAUAUGGUUGGAGUAGCUCAAACUGGCUCUGGAAAAACUCUGGGUGUAAGUUUUAUUUUCUAAUAUAUCACUGUACUUUUGUUUUUUUUCUUCUCCAAUAAUUAAAAUUUAUUUUUAGUACACAUUGCCUGCUGUUGUUCAUAUAAAUAACCAAGAACCUCUAAAAAAAGGUGAUGGCCCAAUUGCUUUGGUUUUAGCUCCAACUAGGGAAUUGGCACAGCAAAUUCAGAAAGUAGCUGGGUUAUUCAAUCAGUCUACAUAUUUAAGGUCUACUUGCAUUUAUGGAGGAGCUCCUAAAUCUCACCAGGUACAAUUAAUUGCAUUUUAAAAAGAGGUAAUGAGUUGAUUACAUUUGAUUUGUUGAAUUAAUUAAUUUUAACUUAUUAUUUCACUAAUAAUCAGUUAUUUUUGUUUUUGUUCGUUGCAGGCCGCCAUUUUGAAAUUCGGUUUUGCAGAAACGGUUUUUUUAUUUUAUAAUGAAAUAAUAACGUAACCUUAAUAUUACGCACAGUGUUUUUGGACCAUGACUAUUAAAUAUAUGUCGUGUUCAUGCAUCUGGAGCGGCGCUGCAAACCGAAUUAAUACAAUUAUUAAUGUGUCAAUUGGCGGCCAUUUAUUUAUCGGUUCAACAUAACCGAUACCUUUUCUUCCUUUACCUGAAACUCUUAUCCUAGAUUUAUAUCCUUAUUCAACAAAAGCUAAACCGUCAGCAUGUAUCUUCAUCGCAGCACUGAACAAACGAGUAAGUUAAAACUUAUUAGUUUUUCGAACGAGGAGUUCUCAGUGCCCAGCGAUGAACAACAUUAUAAAACUUAAUUUCCUUGAAAAAAAAAAUAAUAGACUGAAGUAAAUUUUGAUAUUUAGUUACCUGUUGUUAAUUGUUGGUUUUAUUCUUAGGCUAGAGAUCUGAUGAAUGGUGUUGAGAUUGUUAUUGCUACACCUGGUCGUUUACUUGAUUUCCUUGAAUCUCGUGCCACCAAUUUGCAACGUUGUACAUACUUGGUUUUGGAUGAAGCUGACCGUAUGCUUGACAUGGGUUUUGAACCUCAAAUUAGAAAAAUUAUACAACAAAUUCGAGUAUGUGUUGAUGCCUUUAAUGCUUUUUUUAUACAUAUAAAUAUACUUCUACAUUAAUAAUAUAAUUACAUUUAUAGCCAGACAGACAAGUUUUGAUGUGGUCUGCAACAUGGCCUAAAGAAGUUCAAAAAUUAGCUAAUGAUUUCUUGAGUGAUUACAUUCAACUGAAUGUUGGAUCUUUAACAUUGUCUGCAAACCAUAAUAUUUUACAAAAUGUGGAUGUUUGUCAAGAACAUGAAAAAGAAGAUAAAUUAAUGGAUCUUUUACAAGACAUCAGUAACAUGGAAGAGAAUAAAACAAUCAUUUUUGCAGAAACCAAACGCAAGGUUGAUACUAUUACACGCAAAAUAACUAAUAUGGGGUAAGUCAUUUAUUUUAUUAUUAUAUCUGAGUGAUUGUAUAUUAUUAAGGCUAUAGUAAUAAUGAUGAUAAUAAUUCUAAACAAAAAACAUACACUGUGUUGUUUAAUAUGUCCUCUAAGAAGAUCUGAAUUUUUAAUGCAUUAUUAUUUAUUAUAUUUAUACAUUUUAUCAAACUUUUCUUUCUUGAAAAAACUGAUGAUUUUAUUUUGAAAUUAGCAUUUUUUUGUUGGAUCAUUAUUUUAUCUAAAUGUCAGGAUAUUAUAAAGGCUGUAUUAAUAAUGAUGACAAUAAUUUUAAACAAAAAACAUACACUGUGUUGUUUAAUAUGUCCUCUAAGAAGAUCUGAAUUUUUAAUGCCUUAUUAUUUAUACAUUUUGUCUAACUUUUUUCUUGAAAAAUGGUUUUAUUCUGAAACAUUUAUUGUGUUGUGUUUAAGAUAUCUUUUUAGGAAAUUUAGUGUUUUAAUUUAAUUUGUAUUAAAUUGUUAAAUAGAUAGAAAUAUGUACAAUAUAUAUUAUUCUGUCUUUAUUAAAGCCUUUAAUUGAUGUAUUUUAAUUUAAAGAGCUAGAGCUGUUGGAAUUCAUGGAGACAAAUCUCAAUCAGAACGUGACCAUGUGUUGAAACGUAAGAAUAUAAUUAAUUUAAUUAUUUUAUGAAACUUAGAAUAAUUUUUUUUUUUUUUGUGCAUUUUAGAAUUCAGAAAUGGAAGGGCCAAUAUUUUAGUUGCUACUGAUGUUGCUGCUAGGGGUCUAGGUAAUUAUAUAACUUGUAAACAUAGCUUUUUAUUAAUGAUGAUAAAUUGAAAUUUAUUUUGGUUUCCAGAUGUUGACGAUGUGAAAUUUGUUAUCAAUUUUGAUUAUCCCAACAAUUCUGAAGAUUAUAUUCACAGAAUUGGAAGGACUGGUAGGUCAUCACAAAAAGGUACAUCAUAUGCGUUCUUCACCCAUUCCAACAGUAAGCAAGCCAAGGACCUUGUAGCCGUUCUCACUGAAGCCAACCAACGAAUUGAUCCUAAAUUGGCUGCAAUGGCAGCACGUUCCUUCCGUAAGAUUUCAAAUUUUAUUUGACAUUUUACACUGUUUAUAUUUGUUACUAAUCUUAUGAUUUAUGGUGUCGUUUAGCGAGUGGUGGAAACAAAUGGUACGGUGGCGGAGGAGGCGGAAACAGAUCUUGGGGAGGUGGAAGACCCGCUCACAGAAAAUUUUAAGGCUGUGCAAUCGCAUUUCAAAGCUAUAGAAGUACCAAAAAACAAAGUUUUAAAAAUAAAUAAAAAAAAUAAUGAAUAGAAAAUUCAUUAUUUAAUAUUAGAUAAUUCCAACGUCAAGUUUCUAAUAUACAAUCAUUGAAAUUGUACGGAUGGAAUAAAGAGGAAUGAACAAUCAUAGUUACAACAUACAUCAAACAUACAUAAUCUUUCUAAGAAUCGCAAGUGAUAAAUUGAUCAUUUAAAUACAUAUAAAAGUGUAUUAAAACCUUGUUUUUUGGUACUUCUAUAGCUUUUAAAAAUGAUGUUUUGGUAUUUACUAUUUAGUAUAUUCUUAUUAUAAGGAUUAUUACUUAUAAAUGUAUUUUAAUCAAGACCGUUUUCAUUUUUCAUCAUUUACUAUAUAUUACAAGUAAUACUUUGCUUCUAAUAAACACAUUUUGUUUAUAAUUGGGGAUUUAUUAUAUAAGUUCCUUUUUUCAUUGUAAAUGGAAUAUUCUAUAAUUGUAAAUCAGUUAUUGUCAUUAAUAGUAUUCUCCGUUUUUUAGGUUAUUGAUAAGUUUGAAAAUUAAAUUUCUUACUUAACCCUAUAUUCUGACCAAUGUAAGUGUGUGUAUGACUAUUAAAAUAAAUAUUUAUAUUUAUAUU